CAAGCAAAACAUCGAAACACAGAGCCCCAAAACAUCGCUGCUGGAUGCAUCGAUGUUAUUUUACAUCACUAGGCGAGCGAGCCAGCAAUAAGCGAACGAUUUUUGCGCAAAAACGGUCUUUAUCAAUAAAUCGCUGCGCACGAUCGCUUUGGCCGCGGAAAACGCGUACAUUCUCGUUCGAAAGCCGCCAAGCCAGCGACUUUGCCGCCAAAAGAAACGCGUUUCGGUGCUGCAAAUAGAAAAAAGAACGUAAGCAACGAUAACAACAGGCAGCGAGAGCGAGCGAGAACGGGAGAGAGAGAGAGAGCGAGAGAGUGUUGUGUGUGUGCGUGCUGCCAACUUGUCGCACCAAUUCGCUGCUGUGCUUAAGUGUGCGUGUGUGUUCUGUGGGGUUCUCCCAAAAAGAGCAAACAAAUACGAAACCUUUGCGCGAUGCCCCAUUCGAAACGUAUCUGAAGUUUUAGGGUUCGAACUUCGAUUCGCUUACUCUGCUGUUUUGUACAUAAAUAUUUAUUUGGCUGGCCACCGCGACUUUUCAACAAGUUGCCAGCGCAGCGUGCAACGCGCGUACACACACACACACGCGCGCAGAAAGGAGUGAGUGAGAGAGUGGCGGAAAGAGAGCGAGCAACGGCAACAACAACAAAAGCCUCUCAGCAGCAACGUUUUUAGUGAUGUCAUCAGAAAAAACGUCUUCAAGCUGGCCAAAUUGAAGCGGAAACGGUAGCCAAACUGAAGCACUUGUCGGAGAGCGUCUCGGUGCUGCUGAAGAUCGCCAGGAUCGGCAACAUGGACAACAGCAUCGUCGAGGAGAACGGCAACUCGUCGGCGGCAUCGGGCUCCAAUGACGUGGUCGAUGUCGUUGCCCAACAGGCGGCGGCAGCGGUGGGCGGCGGUGGUGGAGGCGGCGGAGGAGGAGGAGGCGGCGGUAACCCCCAGCAGCAACAGAACCCACAAAGUACAACGGCCGGCGGUCCAACGGGCGCGACGAACAACGCCCAGGGAGGCGGAGUGUCCUCCGUGCUGACCACCACCGCCAACUGCAACAUACAAUACCCCAUCCAGGCGCUGGCGCAGCACGGACUGCAGGUGCAGUCCGUGAUACAGGCCAAUCCCUCGGGAGUCAUACAGACAGCAGCUGGAACCCAGCAGCAGCAGCAGCAACAGGCGCUGGCCGCCGCCACAGCGAUGCAGAAGGUGGUCUACGUGGCCAAGCCGCCGAAUUCGACGGUCAUCCACACGACACCUGGCAAUGCAGUGCAAGUGCGUAACAAAAUCCCUCCAACCUUUCCGUGUAAGAUCAAGCCCGAACCGAACACGCAGCACCCGGAGGACAGCGACGAGAGUCUGUCGGACGACGAUUCCCAGCACCACCGCAGCGAGCUGACGCGACGGCCGUCGUACAAUAAGAUCUUCACCGAGAUCAGCGGUCCGGACAUGAGCGGCGCAUCGCUUCCCAUGUCCGACGGCGUGCUCAAUUCCCAGCUGGCGGGGACCGGAGCGGGGGGCAAUGCGGCGAACAGCUCCCUGAUGCAGUUGGAUCCCACGUACUACCUGUCCAAUCGGAUGUCCUACAACACCAACAACAGCGGGAUAGCGGAGGAUCAGACCCGCAAGCGCGAGAUCCGGCUGCAGAAGAACAGGGAGGCGGCGCGGGAGUGCCGGCGCAAGAAGAAGGAGUACAUCAAGUGCCUGGAGAAUCGAGUGGCGGUGCUAGAGAACCAAAACAAAGCGCUCAUCGAGGAGCUGAAGUCGCUCAAGGAGCUCUACUGUCAGACCAAGAACGAUUGAAUGUGGGCGGGGCUCUGGCGCCGCCUGCGCCUCCGCCUCCAGUUACGGCUACGGUUACGGAUACGGCAACGGACACGGUUACGGUUACGGUUACGGUUACGGCGACCACUGCGCUCCGCUCCGCUCCGUUCUGUUUCGUUCUGUUCUGGACAACGAUGGUGGAUCGAUCCUCGCCGCUGGCCGGCGGCCGCAUAUCAUGAUAUCUAUACGCAUGGGAUGCUGCAUGUGGUAGCGUGUACAUUAAGUGUGGGAAUCGUGUUGUUGUUGUUGUUGGGAAGCAGGCGGACCGAACCGAACCGGGCCGGACCUAACCGAACCGAACCGGAUGGAACGGACAGAGGGUCUAUCUGCCGGACACACAAUGUAAUUAUGAUUGUAAUUUAAAGAUGUAAUAUUACGUUUAUGAUUUAGUUUACGCCCUAGUUUACUCGCUAACUUAACGAUACUGCAGUUUACCUACGAACCUGUGUUUCCGUAACCUAAGACCUUUCACCACACCCCGCAUGCACACCUACCUAUUGUAAUUAAAUCUUUUGUUUUACCUAA